AUGUGCAAUGAGAUGGACGGUAAUUUUGAAGACGUCGCCAUUAGUACCUUCAAGAGUGGCCUCUCGACCGAGCAUGGCUUAAGGAAGUCCCUAACGGGAAAACCUGUGACCAAUCUGUGUCAACUCAUGAACCGUAUUGACAAGUAUAAGAGGGUCGAGGAAGACCAGCAAAUGGGUAAAGGAAAGGAUAAGGUUAUCCCUCAGGAAAUGAGGGAUUUCAGGUCGGACGGAUACAAUAAUAGCCGGCCACGGAGAGAUUUUGGUGGUCAAUCAGGACUUACCAACACUCAGGCGGUCAAUGCAGUGUUCCGAGAACCGGUGCACCAGGUUUUGGAGAAGGUUAAGAAUGAACCGUUCUUCAAAUGGCCAAACAAGAUGGUUGGGAACCCCCUGAGACGAAACCAUAACCUUUAUUGCCAGUACCAUCAGGACUAG